CCGCCGACUAAGAAAGGCAAAAAUGAGAAAGAGGAGGGUGAUUGGUUCGUGCAAGUGCCUGAGCCGGAGACGCACUGUUGGAAAGUGAUGGAAGCACUCACCGACAAUGAGAAGUGUUGCGUUCUGAAGAAAGUGCUUGCUUGCGAGGUCGUUUGGGUCCAGGCUGGCUCCCCGUCGUUGGCGAAGUUGGGGAAGCUUAGCAUGCAGGAAAUGGUGCAGUUGGUGAAGUGCCACCGCGUGCUGGUCGGGUUGUGGAAUUACUACCAAUCCAAGCACGAGAAGAGGUCGGAUGCGGAUUCGAUCCAAAAGUACCCUUUCCUGAAGUCGAGGUCUUCCGUCUUCAAAAAGUUCAAAAAUCGAGGAUUGGAUAGCGAUUUCUGGGACGGUAGCAGGAAAUACGUUUCUGACGCGACUUUGUUCAAGAACUGCCCGCCGUACAUGGGUUGCGACGAGGACCACUCGAUUAGGGCGACGGAAAAGUUGGUCGGCCACAGGAAGUUGACCAUCGACUUGAGAAACAAGGUUCUCUUCGUGUUGACUGGGAGCAGACUGAAGAAUCGGGAGAUCGCACUUGCCGAAGGCAUUGUGCACAUAAAAUGGAAAGGCACGGGGGACAUGACAUCCAUUGCACCGUUCGACAACGACCCUUUGGAGGCGGACAUCAGGAGUGCAGAGUUGAAGGAAGCGGGCAGUGUCUACGGGGACAUGGAAUGCAAUCCAACACAAUUCGUCGGUCUUCUUGAUUUCGUUAGCCAGAAGGGAGAGGGUGUCGUCUUCCUUGGGAAGCCGCACGCGCGAAGCGUGUGGAAACUUCUAAAGGCAGCCACCGGUGUGGAGUUCAACAUCAAUGCGAAGGAGGAGGAGAGCGACACCGAGAGCCUCGACCUGCAGUAUGACCCACCUCCGGCGGAGCACGCCCAAGGGUCUUUGUCGGCCGAUGUGUCGACAAGCCCGGCACCCCUCGUGUCGCCGAUGGCCAAACUGGCGCCGGGCACCACUCCGAUGAAGUUGUUGGAGAGAUUAAGAGAUCUGGCCGUCCCCCCGCGCGCAUUGCGUCCAGGGUCUGACGUCCCGCCUGAUCAUCCGUCUUGGAAGGAUGACAAUAUCCAGUUCCUUCUUGAGCCACAAAGUCAUUUGCCUGAGGUGGACUGGGGCCAUGACAUGAUUUGGCAUCCAGGAGUCAUCCAGCCCGCGAUACAAAAGGGCGAGUGGGUCAUGGCCGUCGCAGUCCCGGGUGCGGGAUGGGUGUCCAUCCCUCGUGAAUCGAAGUUCAAUUUCCUGCACCUCGCGAGGAUUUCGGUCCUCCAAAAAGUGCGGGCCGAAAAUGACACGUUUGCACCCGACGACUUGUCCAUCGUUUCCACAGUCGGGCGGCUGUUCGACAAGCUUCAGGACAAGUGCUGGUUGGAAUUGACGAAGGACUACUACGAGCUCAACACGAGCCUGUCGAAGGGCAUGGUGGACUGGAAAGUGCCCCCUCCCAGUGGAGCGCACGGGAGUUCCGGGGGGGGGGCACCAGGCGGUGGAGGGGACGGGGAUGGUAGUGCAGGGGGUGGAAAAGGAGUCCCGCGUAGUGAGGAGGGACGGUCUCACAGCGGCACCACGACACCAGGAGGCAGCGGUGGGGUGGCGGGUUUUGCCGUUGAUCGGCAUCCAUCUACUGACCCCGGGCCGAAGCCUACGACGCAGUCCGCCAACCAACCAAGUUCAUCCGUGAGCUCAGCGAGGGAGAUAUUGGCAGCCUUGGUUACUCUCGGCAACCGCUCGGGCGGAACGUUGAAGUCCGCCGGAUCCGAACUACGCCAGUUGAGGUGCUGCAAGAGCGGUCCACCGUGCAGAGUCGCUCGGGGUUGCGGGAGCCGAACCAGGAUCCCGCAAUUGGCAGCAGUGCGAGAGGGUGCCAAAGGGGACGUGGGUAUUGGAGACGACGAGGGGGAGGACAGUGAGGACGAUGCUGGAUCUGGAAAUUCGUCUGACGAGUUCGAACAACUGUACGGAGAGCAUCACAAGGAUGAUGUCGACGACGAUGCCACGGCAAUAGAGAUGGAGACACAGGUGGUUACCAGCCUUUCUGCAGAGCCUGAAGACUAUGAGGUCCAACCACUGACGUCUGUCGUCGAUCUGCAACAUCGGUUCGACGAGGCUUCUGUUACUAUGAGCACAUCUAAAGCAAGUCGCCGUAUAAGCAUCAAAGAAGUUGUUGACGGUAUCCUCGGCGACCAGCACGUGUCCGCGCAUCCGUCCAGAACGCUUGACGUUGACGACGCGCAAAACGUCAAAUCUUCCGUGGCACCUGCCCUCGCUUUCUCGCCGCCAAACUCACCGGUACUGUCGGCCACCCUCGCAGGCAGAGGGGAAGGCGAGGUCAGGGGACGACAACAUGUCACGUCCCCUAAAAAAUCUAGGGUCGACACUCAAGCUCUCGAUGUGCUCGCCUUUCCCGCGCCAACUUCACCGACGAAGGAGAGGAGAGACAAACCGACUGGGGUGGGGUCAUCUCGAACACGGAGGUCCUCGAAAUAUCCGGAACACAUAUUGCAGAAAAUCCCUGGGUUGACGACAGAACACAAGGAUAUGUUAAAGGCAUCAGGGGUUGAUGUUGAGAUUGGGAAGAAGGAGCAUGUCAUUGCCAUUGAGGAAUGUCUUUCCCUUCUGGCCCCAGAGAAAGGGACAUAUCCACGAUCUGUGACUAGGGGUCAGGCCAUGUAUGAGAAAUACUUGACAACGCGUGCAACAGGAGACAAUGCUUGGAACUCCGUUUCUCAAUACCCGAUGUGUCCUUUGCUCGAUGUUGUGCAGUGCGGGCCACAACACGUGGAACAGGAGGGGAAAGAUCCGUUGUAGCGACUGCGCCUCGAAGCUUGCGGGUUUUGGACGACAUUAAACGAGGUUCGGUGCCACCUCACACUGUUCUCUCUAUUCUGGCUGAUGGUCAAUUGCGAAUUGCAGCAAAGAUCUCCUCACCCUCUUUCAUAUCGACGGCAGGGUGAAUGAUGAGGUGGUCAAUAUCUAUAUGGCGCUAUUGGGGUCGACCGCAUGUGCGUCACUUGACUCCCGUUAGGCCUUGAAGUCUUCAGCUUUAAUUCGUUCUUCUUCAGUAAACUGCAACUUCAAGG